CCGAACGUGUGAUUAGGUCACGUGGUACUUUUGGAGUCUUCGUGGCGAGGCUUGUUCAGCUGCUCGUCGAAGCGGCUGUCGGACGGUCGCAUCCUUGCGAGUCUGCGUACAAUGUAGCGGCCAUUUUUGUUCUUAGUUCAUAAUAGCGUGCGCAUAUUUAAUGUAUCUAGCGAUAAUCUAGAAAAAGUCACGAUGACUAUUAUAGUCUUUUUAAUAGAUACAUCAGCCUCUAUGAAUCAAAGAGCUUAUUUGGGCGGUCGCCCAACAUUGCUUGACGUAGCGAAGGGCGCUGUGGAAACAUUUGUAAAGGUUCGUCAACGUUCUCCUGAAAGCAGAGGCGAUAGGUAUAUGCUUCUAACUUUCGAAGAGCCACCCGCGAACAUCAAGGCUGGUUGGAAGGAGAACCUAGCUACGUUUAUAAAUGAAUUAAAAAAUUUGCAAUGCCUUGGCCUUACUACAAUGGGUGCUGCCCUAAAACAUGCUUUUGAUGUAUUAAAUAUAAAUAGAAUGCAAACUGGAAUAGAUACCUAUGGACAGGGGAGAUGUCCAUUCUAUCUUGAACCAUCUGUUAUUGUGGUUAUCACAGAUGGAGGAAAAUUAUCAAGCAAUGCAGGCAUUCAGGAAGAGUUUAAUCUCCCAAUGAACUGCCCUAUUCCGGGGUCAGAGUUAACCCGGGAGCCAUUUAGAUGGGACCAAAGACUGUUUUCACUGGUGCUAAGAUUAGCUGGAACCCCAGCAGUGGAGAGAGAUACAGGACUUGUUCCUUCAGACUCAUCACCAAUUGAUGCCAUGUGUGAAGUUACUGGUGGUCGAUCAUAUUGCAUCACAUCACACCGCAUGUUGAUGCAGUGCAUUGACAGCCUAGUGCAGAAAGUACAAAGUGGUGUUGUCAUCAACUUUGAGAAGAUUGGACCUGAUCCUCCGCCUAUUGAUGGUGGAGUCAACAGUCAUGAUCAAAUGGAAGAGGGACAGAAUGAGGAUAAAGAGAUUGAGACAGAUAAUGAUAGAAAUGGGAGAUGGAAUGGGGGUUCCUAUCAAUCCAAUAUAGCACCAAACCAAGCAGCAACACCACAAGCCUGGCACUCUUGCCGUCGUCUCAUCUACGUGCCAAGAACAGUCUCACAAAAGGGUUUCGCUGUCGGAUUUUGGCCUAUACCAGAGUCAUUUCGACCGGACCCAAAUGCACCAACACUUCCACCCAGAUCGGCACAUCCUGUUGUCAAGUUUUCUUGUUCAAGUCAAGAGCCUAUGGUCAUUGAUAAUUUGCCAUUCGAUAAAUAUGAGUUAGAACCCAGCCCGUUGACACAGUUUAUAUUAGCUCGGAAGCAGCCUACUAUCUGCUGGCAGGUGUUUGUUGCAAACAGUGGCUGCAAGAAUGCUGAAGUAAGCCACCCAUUUGGAUAUCUGAAAGCAUCAACGAACCUCACUUGUGUUAAUCUAUUUGUGCUCCCGUAUAACUAUCCAGUGCUGUUACCGUUGCUAGAUGAUCUGUUCAAAGUGCACCGGUGUAAACCAACUCCCGAAUGGAAAAUGGCCUUUCAACAAUAUUUGGAUAGAAUGCCAUCUUACUAUGUCACUCCAUUGCGUAGAGCCUUAACCAAAAUGGGUGCAUCAGCUCCACUUGUUCAAAGUCUGAUUCCGGAGACACAGGAUAAUUGUCUGAGCUUCUCUGUACUGAAUUACUUGAAAAGACUGAAAAACCAAGCCAAGAUUGAAUUUGAAAAGUUGUGUGUGGAUGUUAUCAACAAGGCUUCGAGUAGUAAUAACCAGAAGGUAGCGGAAAGUGUUCGAGUGGUACCAAGGUCACCAUUGAAGAAGGAUUUGACAACGCAUCCGUGUCUCCAAGACAAGUUUACGGCGUUACGAGAUCAGCUCAACGAGUUUGGAGGUUUUGUUGUUGGUUUGUCGAGGGGAAGGCACAAAUCACAAGCGCACACAUACAGGAAUCCUUUUGAUAUACAACGUAGAGACCUUUUGGAUCAGGUCGUCCGAAUGCGUGCGAAUUUCCUCCAGCCAUCUUUAGCGCAUACGCGUCUUGUGGACGAGGACAGUGUACACUCAAUGCCGGUGGCUCAGAUGGGCAACUAUCAAGAAUAUCUGAAGCGAAUGCCUUCACAACUUCGAGAGAUUGAAUCGCAACCGGUCCGACAACAUAUGUUUGGAAAUCCGUUCAAGAUUGAUAAACGUAUGAUGGUUGACGAAGCGGACAUCGAUCCUAUGGGCGCGGUGCGCAGCGCGGCGGGUGGUCCGGGCGGCAAGCGCGGUGUGGAGAGUCCCCGCGUGGGCCCGCCCCGGAGGAAGGCGGGGCCUAUCCCGGCGCACAUCACUGCGCGGCGCCCGUCGUCGCCCGCGCCCGCGUCCCCCGCGUCCCCCGGGUCGCUCGCGCCCCGCGCCGCGUCGCCGCUCGUGCCGCAGCUCGCGCCGCAUCUCGCGCCGCAGCCCGCGUCUCCGUCGCACAGUACGCCGCCCGUGUCGCCGGCGGCGGCGCCGCUCUCUCCCGUCUCGAGGCGCCCUGCGUCGCCUCUAGCGCCUGUACCUUCUGAGUUGCCGUCGGGCAGACCACCUGAGGAGCCACCGAAUGUUGAGUGUGUUGUGACGGCGGGUGUUGGUGCAGCAGGCUCUACAGGGCCGGUCAGUGCUGUAGGAGCCGCCAGCGCCGUCGGAGCAGUGACAGGCGCAGCAAGUGUGGUUGCAGCGUGCGCGACCGUGACGCCCGGACCCGUAGCGCCCCACAAUCUACCGCCUGUUGUCAAACCAUUCCUUAAUGGAGAUGCGUAUACGACGAUGGGUAGCAAGAUGGCGCGGUCGCCGUCUCCCCCGGAGGUGUUCCGUGCCCACUCGCCGGACACGCAGGAGCUGCAGAUCAACGCGAUCCUGCAGGGCGUUGCUGCUGAGAACAUCACCAACGCGAAGAAUAGGAAACGAAAACGAAAGAAUCCUGAUACAUCCUUAUCGACAUUGCUGUCGAUGCCGCAGCCCUCGCGACUGGAGCUCGUGGAGAUCAAGAAGCACAACAUGUCGGUCCGAGCUGAAGUAUACCGAGCCGUGCGCCGCCCUGGGAAAGAUUUUACGACAUUAUUCGAACAUUUAAAACAAUUGAAGGGCAGUGUUGACAUAAAGAAAGAGGUGAUACGUGACGUUAUAAGUGAAUCUUUGAGAUUUAAGCGUAAAGUUCUCGCCAAGUUAUUAGAAGACUUUCUAACCAGCCUCGAGAAGAACGGAAACAGUGCCUCAGUGAACAUGAAGAGAUUAAACAAUUCAUUGUACAGUGUAAAUAAUCAUAGUUAAUGAUCGUCUCGUCAUCAAACAACAUUGUAUAUUUCAUUUCAUUUGUGCUCAAAUGUAAAUUAUUUUCUUUGUCUUCUUCGUGUUUAAUUAUCUAAUAAAAUGUUCAUUUUAAUUAUUUGUCGUCAUUUGACGGGUUGACUCGCCUUUAUAAGGCUGUGAUGUCUAUUAGUUGCGAUAAGGAGUUGUUUGUUGAAUGUUAUCAAAUACUCCGCCUAUGCGAUCUCUACCUUACACUAUUUCGUAGGAUAUUUAACAGGAUUUCUAUAAAAAUGGCCAGCCAUUGAAACAGCCGAUUGGUUCAUAAUAAAACAGUAUAAAGGACUAAAAGCGAUUUAUUUUAUGUUAAAAUAUUCAGUUAAUAUGCAAUUUGAAGAGUAAUUUACUAUCUUAUCUUAUACUUUAAAUAUUAAAGUUAUACAGUAUUAUUUUAUGACCCGGCUGACGAUGUUCUGUUCAUAAUAAAAAAAAUGUUGGUGAAAUUUCGUAAAAUCCGUUCUUAGAUGACCUCUACUCGGCGAAAGCAUUCCUACCAAAUUUCAAGUCUCUGCGCCUUCUGGUUCCUGAGAUAUCUUGACGAGUCAAUAUAUAGGUGGAAAUCUCAUAUAUAUAUAUAUUAAAGAAUUUUUUUUCUAUAAUAACAAAUCCAUGACCUGUAUCAUUUAUUUGCCGAAAGUAAUAAUGAAGUUGUGAAGUUUGUUUAAUGUAAUUUUUUGAUUGAACUUUAAUGAGGUUUUUAUUUGAAUGUUACAAUUAAAAAUUCUAAUUAUUAGGAACUUUUAUUGUUAUGACAGCUUUUCAAGUGGCUGUUCCAUUUUUUAUGAACUCCUUGCAAUAUUAGCAAUGGUCACUAAACAUUUGCCUAAAUGCACGGGAUGUAUGGUUGUUUAAUUGAACUAAACAUGAUUUAUGAAUGAACUUAUUGAUUCAUGAUGUAUUUUCAGUGAUAAAAACAAAUAACGGAUUAUACAUUAAUCUAAUAUAUUUAUCAAUAGCUUUCAAUCAGUGAUGUACUUAUUACAAUGAGUAUAUUGACUGCUUUUAUUUCAAAGAGAAAAUACCUUUUAUCUAUAUCGCAUGGCACUUUCUUUUAAAUCAAUGAGACACAUGCAACAUGCAUGCACAUCAUUUUGAUUAACUCAAAUGUUUGCAAAUGUUUUAUAAAUUGGCAUAUUUAAUAAUGUUCAAUUAUAUGGAAAAAAGGUGCUAGUAGAUAGCUGCUUAUCAUUUUAAUCAGGUGUUAAUUAAUUAAAAUUAACAAUUCAUAACAUCAGACUAAAAGUAUCUCGACAUAAUACCUAGGGCAAGGCUUGGAAACUGAAAGAAAAAUUUAUCUGUUUGUCAUCAUAAAUAAACCGUUUCAGAAUGAACUUUUCUAUUGCAGAGUCCUUUUCAGAGAAUAGUUACAAUAUUAGUGAUAUUUACCAAAGAUUUGUUUAAACAUUACCCAAAAAUAGGAUAGAGUCUACCUUUUGGUAGGUAUAAUCAUCUCAUUUCAAUACUUGUCGAAUAAACUGGUUAAUAAGGGUUAUAGAACAACAACCAUAACAGUUACAAUCCAACUGAAAUAAGUAAAGUUAAAUUUAGAAACCAAUUCCAAGCCUUGACCCAUUGUUAUACCCCGAAUGAAAUUCAUUUAUCUUUCAACGCUAAAGUCUAUGUUUGGGAAAUGUGUCUUUACUCAUGUUAGGUAUAUCAUUGUCUCUGAGUUCGAAAGACUUGCAUAUUCAGACACUCUUUAGUGUACAGACUUAAUAUAUCAUAUAGGUUGUACAUUCUAAUCAUCAUUUGUUACAACUUCAAGUCACACUGGUUUCAUUAUGGGGAAGUAUCGAUAUAAUUGUAGUCAUUACUGAUUUUCUAAAUUACUACAAGGGCUGAAGAGAUGUUACAUUAAAGAUUCAAAGUUCUUUGUUGCUUGUUAAAAAGUUACCAAGUGUAUGCAGAGUUAAACUUUGCAUAUAGUUAUUAGUUAAAAUUGAACCGCUUAGUUCGGGGAGUUAAGUCGAAUAUAUGCAAUAAUUGAAUAAAUAUAAGCAUUUAAUGAGUUACAUUUGAUAAGUUUGUGCCGUGUGCGUUCUAUAGGUAUUAUUUAUAUAGAAGAACUGAGCCUAAGGGAUUUUAAAUCUAGUAAAUAGCUGUAUAUAGUCUGUACAUAAGAAAGUAGUACCAAUGAAAAGUAUAAUUAGCAUGAACGUCAGUACGACCAAUAGUUUAACAAGAUUUCUUAGUCAGACCAAUUUUAGUCUCCUCAAGUAUUUGUUUGUCAAGGAUCAUUCCCAGUAAUUUUUAAAUGGCGGUUUAUUUGGUUUAGUUAAGCUAAUGGUCGUUGUGUCAGUAAUUAUUGUAAAGUGUAAAUAUUAUCAUUUUUAUAAAUAAAUUAUAAUCCUUAUUGGAUGUUUUA